ACUGGCAGCAUCCUGCACAAUGCACAGCGGACAGCAGAGCAGAGACAGCGCUGCCAGGGAGGAGUCCUGAGCCCACCAGGAGCCCCUUGGCACUGCCCCACUCUCCUUGCCCGUCUGGGGAUCCCCUGCUGCCUGACAUGCCCCUUCCUUCACUGCUCUGCUGGGUGCAGUGAGGAGGAAGAAGAGCGGCUGCCCCAGCCAUCCCUGCACAGGCGGCAGUGCACACCACACACAUACCCGGGCGGCACACAGCCUGGCACCCGCAGCACUGCAGAGCCUCCCACGCCUCCCUCCUCUCCGCACGGUUCUGCAUGGUGCUUUCGGGAGGCAGGGUGGAAAAUCCAGCAUGAGACGAGGAUGAUGCCAGCAAGGAAAGGUCCGGAGAGCAGAUACCCCCUGCACUAUUUAGUAUGGCACAAUAAAUGCCGGGAGCUGGAGAAGGAGCUUUCCGAGAGGCAGGACCAGAUUGAACAGGUGGAUCCACGGGGACGGACCCCCCUCCAUCUGGCUACAACAUUAGGUCACCUGGAGUGUGCCAAAGUGCUGCUCAACCAUGGUGCAGAUGUCAGCAAAGAGAACCGCAAUGGAUGGACAGUGCUUCAGGAGGCUGUCAGCACACGUGACCUAGAGCUGGUCCGGCUAGUUUUGCGGCACCGUGACUACCAAAGGACCAUUAAACGCCUGGCAGGGAUACCUGUGCUACUGGAGAAGUUACGCAAGGCACAGGACUUUUAUGUAGAAAUGAAAUGGGAGUUUACCAGUUGGGUGCCCCUGGUCUCCAAGAUCUGCCCUAGUGACACUUACAAAGUUUGGAAAAGUGGGCAGAACCUGCGUGUGGACACAACACUACUUGGGUUUGAUCACAUGACUUGGCAACGAGGGAACCGUAGUUUUAUCUUCAGGGGACAAGAAACCAGCGCCGUGGUCAUGGAAAUCGAUCAUGACAGAAGAGUUGUCUUCUCUGAAACUCUGACUUUAGGUUCCCAGGACCAUGAAGUUUUGCUGGCUGCUGUGCAGCCCACUGAGGAACAGGCCAUGGGUCGCCUCACAGCCCCUGUGGUCACUACUCAGUUAGAUACCAAGAACAUUGCCUUUGAGAGAAAUAAAUCAGGAAUCCUUGGCUGGAGAAGCGAGAAAACUGAAGUUAUCAAUGGCUAUGAGGCAAAGGUAUAUGGGGCUUCCAAUGUAGAAUUAAUUACUAGAACCCGCACAGAACAUUUAUCAGACCAGCACAAAGGAAAAAGCAAAGGUAGUAAAACGCCUUUGCAGUCUUUCCUGGGGAUAGCUGAGCAGCAUGUAGGACCAAACAAUGGGCAGACAUUAAUCACCCAGACAUUUAGCCAGACUAACCCAACAGCCAUCACUCCAGAGGAAUACUUUGACCCUAAUUUUGAAUUGGGACAACGGGAUAUGGGGCGACCCAUGGAACUUACUACAAAAACUCAGAAGUUUAAAGCCAAACUCUGGUUGUGUGAAGACCACCCGUUGUCUUUGUCAGAACAGGUGGCACCAAUUAUUGACCUCAUGGCAAUAAGCAAUACACUUUUUGCUAAACUUCGUGAUUUUAUAACUCUCAGGCUACCCCCAGGAUUCCCUGUCAAAAUUGAAAUUCCCAUUUUUCACAUUUUGAAUGCACGCAUCACUUUCGGAAACCUGAAUGGAUGUGAUGAGCCUGUGUCAUCCCUUCGUCAAAGUCCCAGCAGCGAGGCCCCCUCCCCGAGCAGCGACUCCUGCAGUGUUAGCAGCACCAGCUCUAUAAAUUCUGGACGUGGCUGUGAGAUGGACCAGUCUUUAUUUGAGGCUCCUCGAGGUUACAGCAUGGUGGGCAGUUACCGUGAGACCAUGCGUGAGGAAGAAGAUGACCUACUUCAGUUUGCUAUCCAGCAGAGUUUACUAGAAGCUGGAAGUGAAUAUGACCAGGUGACCAUUUGGGAAGCUCUUACAAACAGCAAACCAGGAACUCACCCAAUGUCAAAUGAAGGUCGGAAAGGAGAAAGAACUCCCCAGCACACCCAGCGAUGCAGUCCCCCACAUUCUGUCUCCAGCAACACAUUCAGCACUUAUCAGGAGCAGCUGCGAAUAGCCAUGGAGCUCUCAGCCAAGGAGCUGGAGGAGGAGGAAAAGCUGAAGCAGCAGGAAGAGGAAGAGCUGGAAAGAAUUCUACAGCUCUCUCUUACUGAAAAAUAGCAGGGCAUCAACUUUACUAAACAGGCACCCAGGAUGUCUACUCAAACUGCCUAAGGGCUCACUUGGGAAGCCACAGAUAUAGACAUAUGUAUAAGAAAGAUUCAUCAGGAUGAGAAAUGGGUGCAGGUGGAGCUUCCUGUUACACACAAUGCAUUGCAACACGAGCCAGCGGACAGGGGUCACACACCACUGUAGCCUUUGUUGACAUGCUCCCUAUUCUUUCAUAUGUAGGAAGUGUCAAGUCAACUGAAGGAAGUCAACUGAACUCGCAGACACUGGGCACAAGCUCAGGUAUAGAUGUUGACCACCCAUCCAUUCUACCUUGGAUAGGUCUUCCUCUUUGCUGCUGGAGUAGAAAUAAUAAUGCUUAUAAAAUUGGUGAAUUGCAGGUUCUCCAACAGCAAAUUGGUUGCGUCCACAGUAUGGUACCUCCAGAUAUCUCUGACGACAGUUACCCAGCAGGAGACUGACUUCAUGUAUAACCAUGGCCUCCAUAUAGGGCUGUAGUGGAUGUGAUGAAUUCUGUUUGGGUCGUGUUCACAAUAUAUGUUCAUUUUUUAAUUAUCAGGCUCAGUUCUAUGUAAGUGGUUCCAGAUUAUGACAAAAAGUAUAUUAAAUGUGUAGGAGUCUGAAUGAAAGGACAAAGAGCAGCUUACCUCCUCUUUCUUCUAUUCCCCACAAAGGAUGCCAUGUUGUUGGAUAAUGUAAAACAGAUUCCACAAGUGAAUUACAAAUUGGGCUGUUUGAUGUAAAUUACAAUGUUAAUAAAGGAUC